GCAGACGUUCCAGCUUCGGACGAAGCCCUGGACGCAGGGAACACGAAGCGGAUCGCGGAACGUCAACCAUUCGACUUUGGAAACCCCUCAGACGAGGGGAAUUCAGAGGCGGAUGGAGAACGACAAUCAUUCGCUCCAGAGGACCCUACACAGGGGAAUCAGGGGCACCGGAAUGUGUCAACGUCCUGCUGUGGUGACCCCGGACGCGGGGGAUCCAGGCGGGGCAGGGAUUAUCCCAGCUCUGGCAACACCUAGACGGGUUGUCCAGGGCGGGUUCUCCGGCGUACCCCGAACAGACGGGGGAUCCGGAGGGGAGGGUUGCGGUGUGUGGAUGUGGAGGGUAACGUCAAGAGGGUGUAGGGGCAACUGGCGGAACCAAGGGUUCCGGGGAAUCGGUUUCUUUUUUUCUGUUUCUUUCUCUCUUCUCGGUGACCUUGCUUAUUGUCUCCCCCCGCAGUUCCUCAAGCUCCAGGUCCAGCGUAGCUUAGUUGUAGUGUAGUUGUAGUGUAGUGUAGUCAUAAACGUUUGCAUUUAGUAUAGAUUAAUGUAGCCUUACCGUAGACGUACCAUAGCCGUACUACAUACCGUACCUCGUCUCUCGUCUCAUACGUACGGUAGCCGCUCUCGUAGUAUACCCAUCGCAUAGAAUACCCGCUAGAUACGAU